AUGAUUGAUGGGAGAAUGAAGCUAGUUCUUUCCAAGUUGAAUGAAGUCUUGGAUGAUACGCGUAGCUUGGAUACUGCGCAACAAGGGGGAGAUAAGGAAAAAGAAGGAGAAGCUAAUGAAAAUGAUGUUCUUGUUGAUGAUCAAAUUCUGGAAGUUAAUUUGAGAAAUCCUUAUGAGACUAAUAAAAUGGCAAAAACAAAAGUAGCAAAAGUUUUUCUUCAAAAGCAAACUUUGAAGCACAAAUUAAAGAAUCUGAAUGAAGAGAAAAUUGGUCAGAAGGGUAAUGUAUCUUCUAGAUUAGGAAAAGGAAAAGAAAAGAUUGAAGCUGAAGAAGGAGUAGAAAAGGAUUUUAAGGAGGCACUUGAUGCAAAGAAGGAUAUGUUCUCUAAAAGGACCAUAUAUCAGAUAAAAAAAGCCAUUGAUAAUGUGAAUCUAUAUUGGUUAGAGCCUCAUACUUCCUUUAAAGUUAAGAAAGAAAAAGAAAUGGAUAUUAAAAUUGAAAAUGUUCUCAGUCGGAUGCCAAUUUUGAAACCAUUCCUAGUUCUAGAUGAAGAUGAUCAAUUUCAAUUUGGAUUUACUGAAAAUGAACAAUGGGGAAUCGCUUACAAGAUGAAGGAGAAAGAAGAGGUGAAGCAUUGCAUGUUGUUUUUAAGGGAUAAACAACUUGUGUUCUACUUCUAUUCUGAAUCAAAUCGUAGCAAAGGCUGA